UGCGGUUUUUAUCCCCCUCUCCGGCAACUUGCGUCCACAGACACAACACGCGUUGAUGUUUGUGUGAACGUUGGACAUUUGAUUAGCCGGCGACAGACAAAAGACGGAAGAAGAAGGGGAAAAAAAAAACAGGAGAAAAACAUGGAGGAUUACUAUUACCACGACGACGAGGACGGCAGGCACAACGACAGCUACGACUACAGCUACGAGCACUCCGUAUGCGACAAAGAGGCGGUGCGCUCCUUCGCCGGCGUCUUCCUCCCGGUCAUCUAUUCGUUGGCCCUGGUGGUGGGCAUGGCGGGCAACACCCUGGUGGUGGCGGUGUACGCGUCGCGCUCGCGCCUGCGCACCUUGACCGACGUUUGCAUCCUGAACCUGGCGGCGUCGGACCUGCUGCUGCUGGUCACCUUGCCCUUUUGGGCGGCCGACGCCGUGCACGGCUGGAGGUUGGGCCCGGCCGCCUGCAAGCUCACCUCCUUCCUCUACGGCGCCAACUUCAGCUGCGGCAUGCUGCUCCUGGCGUGCAUCAGCGUGGACCGCUACCGCGCGGUGGCUCGCAGGAGCGGCAGGGGCCCCCGGGCGCGGCGGCAGUGGAUCCUGGUGUGCUCGGCGUUGUGGGGCCUGGCGAUCUUCUUGGGGUUGCCUGAACUCAUCUUCUCGACGGUGAAGCAUUCCCAUCACAGGAUGUACUGCACCGCCGUGUACCCGCCCAGCAUGGGACGCCCCGCCAAGGCUGCUCUGGAGCUGCUGGAAGUCAUCCUUCGGUUCGCGAUACCUUUCCUGGUGAUGGUGGCGUGCUACUGCUCGGUAGGCCGAGCCCUGUCCCGAGCACCCGGGCUGCGCAGAGACAAAAAAUGGCGGGCCCUGCGCGUCCUGUUGGCGGUGGUGGCCGUCUUCUUGCUCACGCAGCUUCCCUACAACGUGGUGAAGCUUUGCCGAGCGCUGGACGUCAUCUACAUGCUGGUGACCGACUGCGAGGUCAGCAAGGGCCUGGACCACGCCGUGCAGGUGACCGAGAGCCUGGCGCUGACCCACGCCUGCAUCAACCCGCUCCUCUACGCCUUCAUCGGGUCCUCCUUCAAGGGACACGUCCUCAAAACCGCAAAGCGUCUCGGGCGGCGACUCGGGAGUCGUCCCAGACAAGAGGACGGCGAGCCGGCGGUGGAGAUCGCGCUCAACACGCGCAAUCAGAACCAGUCGCAGUCGGGUUCGGAGGAACCGGAUACCAGCACCUUCAGCAUGUAAAGGCACAAGCGCAGCUCGCCUUUAAUUUGCCAACAAUUCGGCUUUUUCUUUUUAGACCUGAGAAAGGAUAAAUACUACAGUAUUUUGGUCCGAGAUAUCUGGAAGAGUGCGUUAACGUUUUAAGACCAAGUAGUCUUAGCG